AUACAACUAUAUAAGUCUUCAACACUAGCAACCCUUCCUAAGUCUAAGGCAUGACGACGCAACCAGCAGCAGCAGCAACACCUUUGAAAGUAAUUCAAGUUUGUUCAGUGGCACCGCUUCAAGAACCAUCCCUUUCCACCGUCGUUGUUCCAACCUCUCUCACACUAACCUUCUUCGACCUCUUGUGGCUACGCUUCCCACCUGUUGAGCGUCUCUUCUUCUACUCCUUCCCACACCCCACCUCUUCAUUUCUUCACUCCCUUCUCCCCACUCUCCAACACUCUCUCUCCCUCACUCUCCAUCACUUCCUCCCUUUCGCUGGCACCCUCACAUGGCCCUCUCACUCUCCCAAACCCAUCAUCAACUACACCCCCGGCGACGCCGUUUCAUUCACUGUCGCCGAAUCCAACCAAAACUUCAACAACCUCACUUCUCGUCUGUGUGAAGCAUCGCAACGACACCGUUUGAUACCCCACUUGACCGCUUCCCAUGACAAAGCGUCUGUGUUGGCACUUCAAGUAACAGUGUUCCCAAACGCUGGUUUUUGCAUUGGAAUAACCACACACCAUGCAGCUUUCGACGGAAAAUCUUCAACCAUGUUCAUCAAAUCAUGGGCUUAUACAUGCUCCAACCUAAUUCAAAACAACAACACACCGUUAUUUUUAUUACCUCAGCAUCUCACACCGUUCUUUGACAGAUCAGUGAUAAGAGACCCUUCUGGAAUUGCUGAAGCCUACGUGGACGCGUGGCAGGAGAGUAGCGGACCAAACAAUCGAAGCCUCAAGGUGUGGGAAUCCUUCACCGAAAUACCGAGUGAUGGAUGCAAAGGUGUAUUUGAGUUAACACCUUCACAAAUUCAGAAGCUAAAGCAACAUGCAAAGUCUAAGCUUAUGAAAACGAAGGACUUUUCGUUUUCGACGUUUGCUGUUACGUGUGCUUAUGUGUUGACUUGCUUGGUCAAAGCAAAACAACCAGAGGAAGAUGAUGUGGGUUUCGUAUUUUCUGUGGACUGUAGAUCCCGCUUGAAUCCUCCGAUUCCUGCAACGUAUUUUGGGAACUGCGUCGCGGGGCAAAAGGUUGUGGCUGUGACAAAGAACUUGGUUGGAAUAAGCGAUGGUUUUAUCAGUGCUUUGGAAGGGAUAAGUGAGGCUUUGAAUAUAGUGAAGGGUGAGGGAGUGCUGAGUGGAGCAGAAACUUGGGUUUCGUUAAUGCUUGAAAGAGGGGAGAGUGUGCUUCGAUUGUUCAGUAUUGCUGGAUCGCCAUUGUUUGAGGUUUAUGGCACUGAUUUUGGUUGGGGAAGGCCAAAGAAAGUGGACAUGACUUCCAUAGAUGGAACGGGAGCGUUUUCUCUUAGUGAAAGUAGGGAUAACAGUGGAGGAAUUGAGAUUGGUUUGAUGUUAUGUCAACGUGAGAUGGAAGCUUUUAGUACCCUUUUUGUUGGAGGACAUGAAUCCUUUUAAAGUUUAAAUGGGAUGAAUAAAUGAAAAUUGUGAGCAUUAGUUUUUUUUCAUGUCACGAAAAUUGGUUCCAUCGUAUAUGCAGGCAUCUAGUGAUUCUGUUUUGUCCGUACCCUUUGGGAGAUGCAUGUUUUGUUUACUGGUUCUAAUUCCUCUGUACGAAGUUAUCUUUUGUUAUCUACAAUGUCUCAUUUGGAUUUCCUUGAACUGUUGUUUUAGGCCUGCAUUUCCUUAAUGUACUGUGUACGUUUUCCUCUGUGUUUUAAUGGAACUUCGAUUAGACAAAAUCCUUA